AUGCCACCCUCAGGGCAGGGUGCAUGGGGUGAGCAGAUCUACUAUCCAGGAGACACCAUCGUGCACCAGGCGGGAGAGGCCACGUCAGUGCAGUGGAGUGCAGGCACCUGGAUGGUGGAGUAUGGCCGGGGCUUCAUCCCCUCCACGCUCGCCUUCGCCCUGGCUGACACCCUCUUCAGCACUCAGGACUUCGUCACCCUCUUCUACACCCUGCGCGCCUAUGCCAAGGGCCUGCUCCUGGAAGCCAAUGCCUUCUUCAGCACCUUGGCACGCUGA